UACGCCAUCUAUAGGAGAAUUUCGUAUUAGAAGGCCAGCGGGAAUUCAGCCGACGCAAUAUUUUGACGUUAAUUGUGAGACUUCGAGAAUCGAGAUAGCCUCUACGUGGCACUAAAAAUAAAAAUGGAUUUCACGAACAAAGCAAAUGAUGCCGAAGCUCUACUGCAAUUCCAAGAUUUUGGAAUGGGAAGUACAGCUACAGGAAAACCACCUCCGUAUGAGCAAACCCACAACUUCACCGAUUAUCCCUCAUCUCAUGUUGACAUUGAUGAGGUUCCACCUGCCAAGAGGAGUCGUAAAUCCAUUGAACAUCCAAUUGCCAUUUUGAGCUUUGCAACCAUGAACCCGAUUCCUGUUGUUAAUGUCUGGGUAGCAAAAAUUGUUGAAAAAAAGGCUACACAGGCUCUUGUGAGAGGCCUGAGUGAAAUUCAACCUUCUUUGCAUCAUUUGAAGCUAGUAAAAAAUCAGGGAGGAGAAUUAAAAAUUAUUAUUGGUUUAGCGGAAAAUUCAGCUGUGGAGUGCAAACAAAAACUAUUCUCUCAAGGUUUGAAGUUAGAAGGAUUAGACUUGUUAGAAAACUGGGAAGAGAUCGAAGUUUCCAAAUUUCUUCCACAAACAAGGUCUCAAUAUGAUAUGGCUAGCAAACUCUGGCCAUGUAAUUUUCAUGAGGACAAAACCAUUGAGAGGCUUCUAACAGGUAGCUGGUUCAGUUCCCAACAACUUGAAAUGAAAUUUAAAUGGAUGCAGCUCAGUUUAGCUAUCAGUCACCUACCAGACAACGUGUUUACGUGGUAUGAGAAUUGCGGAGUUAAAUUAGCUGAAGAUUUGUUUAACGGGAGCAAUCAAGUUGAUCGCUCCACUAGCGCCUGCAUGGGACCAUCGAUGGGUGUAGUAGUGGUUAACCCUUCUGGAGAUGCCGUUAUUGCUGCCGCUUCGGUGCGGAAGGCUUUACAUCCCCUUCAUCAUGCUGUAAUGAUUGCUGUCGACCUUGUGGCUAGAAGUCAAGGAGGUGGAGCUUUACCUUUAACCGAGGGAUUAAAUGUUAAAGAAGAGUCCAUUAUUGAGCCGAAUUCUUAUUUGUGCCCAACCCAAACGGCCCAAAGCUCUCAAGAUAAUGGCCCUUCUAUGCUAACGUUUGCUUACUACCAGAGAUACUUUGACGUCGAUACGCCACAAGUGAAGGAACGAUUGAUAUGGUCUUUCGUCCCCCGUCCGUCACGGGAUACACUCACGCAUUACAUUCGACCGUCGCCCGAUCUAUACGGUCCUCUUUGGAUUUGUGUUACUCUGGUAUUCUGCGUAGCGAUUAUGGGAAAUAUUGCAGAUUAUUUACAUUCGGGUGGAGAGGGUCAACAUUGGAGAUACGACUUUCGCAAAGUCUCUAUCUCGGCAUCGACAAUCUUCAGUUACGCUCUGCUCUUACCAUUAGUCUUGUGGCUUCUCUUGUGGUGGCGCCGGAAAGAAGGUGAUCAAUCCCCACUUGGUUUCAUCGAGAUUGUUUCUCUAUACGGCUACUCAUUGGCCAUCUAUAUCCCGAUAUCGGUUCUGCUGACGAUUCCUUUCCCUUUCAUUCAAUGGACAUUGGUGAUUGUUGGAGCAGCGCUAUCCGGUUCGGUGUUGGUUUUCUCUUUAUGGCCUCCACUCAGUGCCAGCCAGCGAGGAAUUGCCGUCAUUAUUCUCUCUGCUGUUUUGGCAUUCCAUUUCUUAUUAGCCGCCGGUCUUCAGCUUUAUUUUUUUCGCUAUUCCAAUGAUGUAGUCAUAGUUUCCAACAGUGGUGGAACAUCACAUGGUCAUUUAAGGGCUGUUGACUCUUCAACACUCGAUAAAGUUACAGAACUACAGCCCCUGAGUUUAAUUCGUGCCGUUGAGGAUUAUUCGCCAUCUGACACCACCAAUGCAGAAACUACCGUUGCGAAAACCACUACAAUUGGCGUGGAUUUCCCAGCUACUGCAAUUAUUAACAAUACUAAAACUGAGCAAGAAAUUAUUAAAUCUAUCCACAUCAAAAAUACUACUAGCGAUUUUGCACCCAACCAAACAAUAUCUAAAUUGUUAACCAAGAUAUUGGAAGAAAGCACAACUGUAGCUUAAACUUACUAUAAUUUUGUGUUCCAAAAACGUUUUUUUCUAAUUAUAUUGGGCGAAGUAUAAUAAUUACGUAACUUACUUGUUCAUUGAAUUACAACUCCAUACAUGAAA